GACCGGCCUGAGGGUAUCACCCCUCCACGGUGAACCAGGAUGUGCAACAGAAAUCAGCUGUUCUGACAAACUGCUGCUUCCGAGCAAGAUGACAACACAUCUGUGUUAGAGGAACAUCUGGCUGCUCUGCACACACACACAUACUCACACAUACACACAGACACACACACAGACCCACACACUGACACUUCAAUGAUCCCAGACAUGAGGAGCGAACUGAGCUGAACAGAGAUGAUGAGGAAGUGAAAGUGAAACUGAUCCAGGACCCGAAGAAGAAACUUACGACAAACUGAACCAGUGAAGGACCCUGACACCCUGUUUUACCUCCGGGCCUCAGCAGCAUGACAUCACCAGCCAACCAUUACUUUAUCAUAACAGAAAAACCUGAAUAUUUCACACACAUCAAACCUGGACACAUAUGUUACAUCCCUGAACAAAGGUACAAAAGACAAAGCUCUUAUUCUAAGUUGACAGUCUUCUUCCUCACUACAUCUACGUGCUUAGAUUAUGACAUAGAGAGGAAAUGCUUGUCGGACCUGUCGGUGAAGAGUGCCGAGCUGCUGCUGGCGCUGCCGGAUGAAGCCGAGCGGCUGACGUGGUUCCGGGAGGCAGCUGCUCUCCAUACUGCACUCGGACUCACGUCGGGCACUGUGGUGAUGGUGCAGGUAGGAGAGGAGGAGCUGAGAGGCACCAUCCGCUACAUCGGAAGACUCACCAAAUCUCAAAAUCCUUUAUCGGCGACUUUCUUUGGGAUUGAACUACAGGGGGCCGACCGAGGGAAAGGCGACAGCGAUGGGUGCCACCGUCAUGAAACCUUGUUCUCGUGUGCAAGAAAUUGUGGCGUUUUUGUCCCGUUCUCCAGAGUCAGACCUGUGGUCCCCAGCUCCCUGUCCCCCUCCGUCCCUGAGCCUCAGCCCCGAGGACAGGAGCUGUCCUCAGGGGACAGAGUCACGUACUUCACCAGCAGUAUAUCUGGUCAUGGGAUGGUGGUGGACGUGCUGGAAACGGAGGGAAAACAAUUUGUACGGAUCUCCACGGACAUGGAUGAAAAUGGGAAGACGGGAGGAGAAGUGAAAGUUCCACUGGAGUGUGUGAUGAAGGGAGAGGUCCCUGCAGAGGCAGAGGGGAUGGACCUGGACGGGCCGCCGGAGGAACAGAACCAGGAUGAUCUGUACACGGGUCUGAGUGUGAACUCUGUGGUGGAGGUGACGCUGGCUAAAGGAAAUGCGUAUGGAAUCAUCCGCUGGAUCGGCAAUCUGGCUGAAAAAGAGCAAAUCUUCGCCGGACUGGAGCUGGAGGAAGACAGAGGAGUGAGUGAUGGCACCUUUAAGAGCAGGCGUCUGUUCACGUGUCCUCCCAAGAGGGCGCUGUUCGUGAAGCUCAUCUCCUGCCGUCCCGACUCGCGCUUCCAGAGCCUCUCAGCCAAUCACAGCGAGAAGAUGCUCAAACUGGAUGACACAGAGAGCGUUGACGAGAUGGAGCUCAGUUCAGUGAAGCUGGACACGGUUCCUCCAAUCAGCACCGAGCAAGUGAACGAGAUUCUGAUUGGACAAAUGAAAGGGAUCCAGGGCCACUGCAACUCCUGCUACAUGGACGCUGCCCUCUUCAGUCUGUUCUCCUGCUCCUCGGUGCUGGACUCGAUGUUGUUUAAAUCGACUGCACCUCGGGACGCGCCCAUUCAGAAAACUCUGCUCCGGGACAUCGUCAACCCGCUGCGCAGUAAGGGCUUCGUGGAAGGAAAGCACAUCAUGAAGCUCCGGCAGCAGCUGCAGAAACAAGGCUACAGUCGCUCCUUCACCACGGAUGAGAAGGAUCCAGAGGAGUUCCUCAUGGUCAUCAUGCAUCAUAUCCUGUCCCUGGAGCCUCUCCUCAAGCUCUCGGCCGGCGGUGAAGUGCAGGACAGUUACUGUUAUCAGAUCUUUCUGGACCAGAACCACAGCCUGGUGCUGCCGACGGUUCAGCAGCUGCUGGAACAUUCCUUCCACGGAGCAGGACUCAAACUGGCCGAGGUUCCGUCCUGCCUCAUCCUCCAGAUGCCUCGAUUUGGAAAGAAAUUCAAGAUGUUUGAAAAAAUCAUUCCCUCUCUGGAGUUGGACAUCACUGACCUGCUCUCUGAAGGUUCUCUGCAGUGCAUGCUCUGUGGAACCGUGGCUGAGGUCCAGUGCACCGACUGUUUCAAAGAUCCUGUUUUCAGUCAGACGGGAUUUAAAGUUUUCUGCAGGACGUGCUCGUCUCAGGUGCACUGUCAUCCCCAGCGGCAGUCCCACCAGCCGUCGGCUCUGGAGGUCCCCAAAGGUUUCCUGGGUCGCCUGCCCCCUCAGGCCCUGACCAGGGACAAGCUGGAGCUGUUCGCCGUGCUCUGCAUCGAGACCAGUCACUACGUGUCCUUCAUCAAGCACGGGCCGGGCUCCGAGGACUGGAUCUUCUUCGACAGCAUGGCGGACAGAGAAGGAGAGACAGACGGCUUCAACAUCCCCGAGGUGCGCAGCUGCCCGGAGGUCGGCACGUACCUGGAGAUGUCUCCGACCGAGCUGGCCCGGCAGGUGCCUCGGGACAUGAAGGGCGUGGCCAAGCGUCUGUUCUGCGACGCCUACAUGUACCUGUACCAGAGCACGAGCAUGUGCAUCUACCGCUGAGACGCCGGGACGACCUCCUCCCCACAAAGAGAAACACACCUCUCUGCUUUCAUGUUCGAGUCCUGAUGAUUCUUUUGUUUUUCUCCUGUGAGAUUAAACACGUCAAAAUGUUCUGCUUUUGUUUAUCAGAUGUAUAAUUUCUUUUUUUUU